AUGCGGGGGCCGCGCUCCGGGCUCUGCCCGCUCUCCAUCCUCCUCCUCCUCCUCUCCCCGCUCCUGCCCGCGGCCGCCCGGUUCCCGGCCCCGCCGUGCGCCCUCCCGGGGCUGCGCCGCGGGCCGCUCCCCGCCGCAGGUAACUCGCACCGUCGGGGCGCGGGCACCGGGACCCCCGGAACACCGCGGAGACCGGCUGGGGCCGCCAUCGGGACCGGAACGGGGCUCCGAGCACCGGGGGGCCGGAGGGCCUCCCUCACCGCCGGGAUCGGGAUCGCUUUGCCUCCGGCGGUGGGGCCGCUGCUUUUCGGGAGGACCUCGCGGUGCUGUGGGGCUGGCGGGGGUCCCCGGGGCUGUGCCUCCCCGGCUGUGGGGCUCGGCCGUGGGGCUGGCUGUGCCCCGCGGGGCUGGCGGUGCCCGUCUGCUCUCCCUGGGCUGGAGGCGGCUGAUGCCAGCGCCUUUGGCCCAGCCGUGGGCACCCGCUGCGGGCAGGGCUGGGUCCCCGCAGGGUGGGCGGCCGGCGCCGGGCUGGCGAUGGGGCUGGGAGCCCCAGGGCCCCCCUUCUCCGGCCGCGGGGUGCGGGCUCUGGCCGGCCCGAGGCCGGGCAGGGUCUCGCUGCUGCCAGCUCCUGGCUCGGUGCCGGGGCUGGGCCCGGGCCCGGUGCCCUCCUCGCUCGGCGGCUCCCGGGGGAUUGGGGCUGCCCGGGAACGCGGCCGGAGCCAGCGCUCCUCUAAUGGCCGCGGGAGCGCUAAAAGCUCUCCUUGGCGUCCCUUAUCGCGGCCAUCGCGACUGGGAGGGGCCCCGGUGCUGCCCUCGGGGCACGGUUGCUGCUCCCCGCACGGCCCCACCGCCGCCCCCGGGCUCGGUCCCUCCGGGCGCUCCGGAGGCUGCGCGGGGCCGAACGGCGCGGAGGAGCCCGAUGUCGGGGAGCGGGAGGACGGGGACCCCGUGCGGCUGCCGGCGGUGGGCAGGGCGCUCGCCGUGCCCCCCCGGGAUGCCGCUGGCCAGCCAGAGCCUGCCCCGGUUCCCGCAGAGAGCGGGCGCUCCCCCCAGGAGCUGCCCAGGGCUCGAGCUGCUCUCAGGAGGCAGAAGAGGGACUGGGUGAUCCCCCCCAUCAAGGUUCCUGAGAAUGAGAGGGGCCCCUUCCCCAAAAAGCUGGUUCAGAUCAAAUCCAACCGGGACAGAGACACCAAGAUCUUCUACAGCAUCACAGGGCAGGGAGCAGAUGCCCCUCCCGAGGGCAUCUUCACCAUUGAGAAGGAGUCGGGCUGGAUGAAGGUGACGCAGCCGCUGGACCGCGAGCACAUCGACAAGUACCACCUCUUCUCCCACGCCGUAUCUGAGAACGGGAAGCCAGUGGAGGAGCCGAUGGAGAUCAUUGUGACAGUGACAGACCAGAAUGACAACAAGCCCCAGUUCACACAGGAGGUGUUCAGGGGCUCUGUGCCAGAGGGAGCUCUGCCAGGCACCUCCAUCAUGCAGGUGACAGCCACGGAUGCGGACGACGCAGCGGAGACCUACAACGGUGUCAUCGCCUACUCCAUCCUCAGCCAGGAGCCGCGGGAGCCCCAUCCCCAAAUGUUCACUGUCAACCGCGCCACGGGCACCCUCAGCGUCAUCGCCAGCGGCCUGGACCGGGAGCGCGUGCGGGAGUACACGCUGACCGUGCAGGCGGCUGACCUGGAUGGGGAGGGCCUGACCACCACAGCGCUGGCCGUCAUCGAGAUCGCUGAUGUCAAUGACAACGCGCCCGAGUUCGACCCCAGAACGUACGAGGCGGCCGUGCCGGAGAACGUGGCCGGGCGGGAGGUGGCCAGGCUGGCUGUCACCGACCUGGACGAGCCCGGCACGCCGGCCUGGCGAGCCGUCUACUCCAUCCUGCGCGGCAACGACGGCGGAGCCUUUGCCAUCAGCACUGACCCUGCCACCAACGAGGGCGUCCUGCGCACCGCCCAGGGUCUGGACUAUGAGGCCAAGCAGCAGUUUGUGCUCCACGUGGCAGUGGCCAAUGAGGUCCCCUUCGUUGUGAAGCUGCCCAUGGCCACUGCCACGGUGACAGUCACUGUGGAGGAUGUCAAUGAGGCCCCGGUGUUCGUGCCGCCGGUGCAGCUGGCCACGGUGUCAGAGGAUGUGCCCCCGGGGCAGACCCUCACAGCCUGCACGGCCCAGGACCCCGACAAGGCGCAGGGCCAGAGGAUCAAGUACCUGGUGGGGCACGACCCGGCGGGCUGGCUGGCCGUGCACCCCGAGAACGGCCUGGUGACCGCGCGGGACCAGCUGGACCGCGAGUCCCCCUUCGUCAAGAACAGCACCUACGUGGCCGUGCUGCUGGCCGUGGAUGAUGGCUCACCGCCGGCCACGGGCACGGGCACGCUGCUCCUCACCCUGCUGGAUGUGAACGACAACGGCCCCGAGGCCGAGCCACGGGACAUCACCGUGUGCCAGCGCAGCCCCCAGCCCCAGCUCCUCACCGUCACCGACCGGGACCUGCCCCCCAACACCGGCCCCUUCCGCGCCGAGCUCACCCACGGCUCGGGGGACAGCUGGGCUGUGGAGGUGGGGGACACAGGUGACACAGUGACGCUGCAGCUGGUGGCACCGCUGGAGCCCGACACCUACAGCGUGUACCUGCGGCUGCUGGACCAGCCGGGCAGAGCCCAAGUGACCGUUGUCACCGCGCGGGUCUGCGCCUGCGAGGGGCAGGCACAGGGCUGUCCCCAGAGGUCCCAGCCUGUCACCGCCCUGCCCUUCGUCCUCGCCGCCCUGGGCGCGCUGCUGGCCCUGCUGCUCAUCCUGCUCCUGCUGCUGCUCUUCGUGAGGAGGAGGAAGGUGACGAAGGAGCCGCUGCUGCUGCCCGAAGAUGACACAAGGGACAACAUCUUCUACUAUGGGGAGGAGGGUGGCGGCGAGGAGGACCAGAACUACGACCUGCGGCAGCUGCACCGGGGGCUGGACGCGCGGCCCGAGGUGAUCCGCAAUGACGUGGCCCCCACCCUCCUGCCGGCCCCCCAGUACCGGCCCCGCCCCGCCAACCCCGACGACAUCGGCACCUUCAUCGACGAGAACCUGAAGGCGGCCGACACGGACCCCACGGCCCCCCCCUACGACUCGCUGCUGGUGUUCGACUACGAGGGCAGCGGCUCGGAGGCCACCUCGCUCAGCUCCCUCAACUCCUCCGCCUCCGACGGCGACCAGGACUACGACUACCUCAACGACUGGGGCGGCCGCUUCCGCAAGCUGGCCGAGCUCUACGGCGGCGGCGAGGAGGACGAGUAGGGACCCCCAGCCCGCUGCUGUCCCUGCCUUAUUGCUGCUUUUGUGCCUUGGGGGUUCCCCCUGCCGUGCCCCCCACCCCAGCGCAGCCCCCUCACCUCCUCGCCUGCGUUUUUGUGGUUAUUAUCUAUUUUUUAAGGUAUGGAAUGAUGGCGUGUGAUGCUGCGGACACGGGGAUGGGAGCUGGGUCAGUUUUAAUAAAGGAUUUGGUUUUUUUAGA